AUGGCUGACAAAGGUCUUGAGGAUGUGCCCGAGGGCCAGAUCGAGUCCAACUACGAUGAGAUCACCGACUCCUUCGACAACAUGAACUUGAAGGCCGAGCUCCUCCGUGGUGUCUACGCCUACGGUUUUGAGCGCCCCUCUGCUAUUCAGCAGCGUGCCAUCAUGCCCGUCAUCAAGGGCAACGAUGUCAUUGCGCAGGCCCAGUCCGGUACCGGUAAGACGGCUACCUUCUCCAUCUCGACCCUCCAGAAGAUCGACUCCAACGUCAAGGCCUGCCAGGCGCUUAUCCUCGCCCCCACCCGUGAGCUCGCUCAGCAGAUCCAGAAGGUCGUCGUCGCCAUCGGUGACUUCAUGGACGUCCAGUGCCACGCCUGCAUUGGUGGCACCAGCGUCCGAGACGACAUGAAGGCCCUCCAGGACGGUCCCCAGGUCGUUGUCGGCACUCCUGGCCGUGUCCACGACAUGAUCCAGCGUCGCGUCCUCAAGACCGACCACAUGAAGAUGUUCGUCCUCGACGAGGCCGACGAGAUGUUGUCUCGUGGUUUCACCGAGCAGAUCUACGACAUCUUCCAGCUUCUGCCCCAGAGCACCCAGGUCGUCCUUCUGUCCGCUACCAUGCCCCAGGACGUCCUCGAGGUUACCACCAAGUUCAUGCGCGACCCCGUCCGUAUCCUUGUCAAGAAGGACGAGCUUACCCUCGAAGGUAUUAAGCAGUUCUACAUUGCUGUUGAGAAGGAGGACUGGAAGCUCGACACUCUCUCCGACUUGUACGAGACUGUCACCAUCACCCAAGCCGUCAUCUUCUGCAACACCCGCAGGAAGGUCGACUGGCUCACCGACAAGCUCACUGCCCGUGACUUCACUGUCUCGGCCAUGCACGGUGACAUGGACCAGGCACAGCGUGAUGUCAUCAUGAAGGAGUUCCGUUCCGGAUCUUCCCGUGUCCUCAUCGCCACUGACCUUCUCGCCCGUGGUAUCGAUGUCCAGCAGGUUUCCCUUGUCAUCAACUACGACUUGCCCGCCAACCGUGAGAACUACAUCCACCGCAUCGGUCGUGGUGGACGUUUCGGACGUAAGGGUGUUGCCAUCAACUUCGUCACCGCUGACGAUGUCCGCAUGAUGCGCGAAAUCGAACAGUUCUACAGCACACAGAUCGAGGAGAUGCCCAUGAACGUGGCUGACCUCAUCUAA